AUCAUUGCCGUGGAAAUAUUUUUGCACUCACAGCACUGCUAUGAAAAAAUCAAACAGCUGGACUUCCUGGUCGACGGGAACUGAAUGUUUAGAGUAACCCUGGGGUGCAUUAAUAAAACUUUGCUGGAACGGUCUCGGAAUUAACCGGGAGUUUGUGUUCAAAUUGUCAACGAAUUCAGAACCAAGGAACGAAGGUGAGGUGAGGUGACUCAAAAGCUUGAUUUGCUCAACAGCUGCAGACCUGCAGACGCCGUGUUUCUUAAAUGCGUGUGCUCGCAUUGUAGUGUAUAACGACACACCGUGCAAAUUACGCUAUCAUGUUCCUUUUUUGUUAGGUGAAUCUGCACAGUUAACACCGCCACAACAAUAUCAGAUGAGACAGGGUCGUAAGAGAAAUCAAAGUAUAUAGUUUAUACACGACCGAAGUUAUAGUAGAAUGAUCAUAAACAAGUCGGACAAUAGUGGAGUUUUGUCGUGUCCUAACUGCAGGGAAAACCAUAAAGAAUUUCCAGCUAUCUGCUUAUCCAAGUCAGCGGUCCACACCUGCAGACCUUGUAGAAUGUAUGUUCUGGGCACUGAAGAGUUGAAAUCAGCCGAACACAUCCUAAGAGGAUCAUUCCCGGAAUCAUUGAAGGUGUAUGGCUGUCUGUAUAAUAUCAACAGAGGAAAACCAUAUAACUGGGAAGUAAUUUCUGAUUCCUGGCCAGACUUUAGGGCAAUCAUCUGUAAGCCAACACCGCAGUCAAGGCGGGAUUAUCAGGACCGAGAGGGGGAUUGCAACAUGUGCCACAUCUACGCCAAGGACAAGGAGAGCUUGCAAAAACUACUUGGCACCAGUGGCCUUCUUGACUGGAGCCAGUUCACAUUAUUGGCAGGGGUUGACAGCAAACAUCUGGAUGCAGUGAAGGAACUUGCAGCUUGGAAAAACACACCAACAAAGACGGAGGUGGCCGUGUUUCUGAUGACACUUGAGGAUGCCAGCCAUCUCAAGGACCCAAAAAGCGAUUUAGCGAGCAGGCUAAAGCCGCUCACCACAGCCCAUGCUGAGCUGGUCAACAGCAAAUGGAAGCAUGGAUCCAGCAAGAGCAGCUACAACUCUAUAGUGAGCUUCAUCUCUAACUACCCCAGUUUGUGCGUGACCGCGGAGGACGGCACACCAGUGUCCUGGCUGCUCCUGAGUCACUACUGCACCCUCUGCCUGCUCUACACCUCACCUGAGCACAGGCGUAAGGGCCACGCCCGGCUGCUGGUCACCACCAUGGCCAGGGCACUGCUGGAGCAGGGCCGUCCAGUCUAUACUAUUGUGGAAGAGGGCAACGACCCGUCCUACAGCCUCUUCACAUCUCUGGGCUUCAGUCACAAGCCAGACUUUUGUCCAGUUUGGUUCCAGCUCAACCCCAGAUGAAUGUCCCAGGAGCAAGUAACGAUCUCAGACCCUGUUUUUUAAUUCCUUGUGCAAUUUAUUGGUUUUUUUCUUGUAAGUGUACCUACAUUUUGCCAGUUUCGCCUCACUGAAAUAUAAAUACUUUUGCAAUAGGGGUUUGGCAGGUAUAGUAGCACUGUCACAUACCUAGUUUUUAGAUUUCCGCCUUUGAGGGGGAGGCAUUAACUGAUAUGGCAAACUUGUUCAUUCUAAUUAACAAAUGAAUUAAUAAAUACAUUUUAAAUGUU